AUGAACCAGGACUGGGUACAGAAAGAUCUCGGAGCUUCGGUCAAUUUUACUAUCAACAGUAACAACGUUGCCAACAUGUUCUUGGGCGAGACUGGCGAUGUCGCUGUCGUGUCUAUAGACACAAUCAAUUACGUUGCUCAAAGCGGCAUCAAGGUUGCUCUGGUCUUUGGGGAUCGCGACUACAGAUGGUUUGGAGGCGAAGCAGUAAGCCUCGCAAUGGAGCACGAAUCAAGCGUUCAGUUCCGCGAAGCCGGUUACUCACCCAUAACCACGAACUCAACAUACCAAGGCGGCGUCGUACGACAGUACAAUGGCAUAUCCUUCUCGCGAGUGUUCGAUGCCGGCCAUGCGGCAGGUGCCUACCAACCCGAGACAGUGUCAAAGAUCUUCGAUCGUGUUACGUUAAACAAAGAUGUCGCUACUGGCAAGAUCAACUUGGGAGACGCGCCGUACAGCUCUCAAGGCCCAGUGAGCAGUUUUGAGAUCAAGAAUGUGCUUCCCACACCUCCAAAGAACGAGUGCUACACUUGGGCUAUAGCUGAUACCUGCACGACGGAGCAAAUUGCUGCAUUGGCUAAUGGAACUGCGGCUGUGCGAGACUAUAUCGUAAGAGAACACUAG